AUCUGCAGAUUUCACAACGCUUGAGAGGCAACGUGGGGGUUUGUACAAAUGGAACAUUUCCCAUGGUUUGUAGAAAAAGCAAAGAGCAACAUCUCUCUGUGUUUGGAUUACUCUUAUAAUUUGAGCAGACAGCGCAGUGAGCAUCUGUAUCAGCUCAAAUGGACCAAAACAACAAAACAGGAAGGAAACAAUUGAGUACAGCAGUGCAUCGUAUGAUCAAAUGCCCUCAGUUUAAUUAGCAGCAUUUGUUUAAAUGUUGAAAUUGGUUGCAGGUUGUUUACUGUAAAUUGUACACUAUAAAUGGAGGAGUGAGACAUGUUUAUCGGUCAUGCUGCACUGAGGAGAGGCCUGAUCAGACAGAAUAACUGAAAACACCUGUGUGACUCCACUCUGAUGGUGCAACACUGUGUGAUGUGACGAGCCAGAGAACCAAAUAUGUACAUGCAUCAUAAUUAGAAAAGUACUACGUUCAAAAAACCCCUGAAACAUUUCAGUCUACUUCUCUAAUUUCACAGGAAGUUGAGCUAAUGUAUGCACAGACAUGCUGCACGAUAGCAGUUACUUGUAGACUGACCUCUGAGUGUUUUAGCACUUACCGACACCUUGUGAUGUGUGAAAUCAGAGAAACGAUGGAGGACAUAGACACCAUGUUCAGUCAGUUGCUCGGUGAGAUUGACCAUCUCAGCCAGAGUUUAUCACCACCAGUGGAUUCACCAGACGUGGAUCCUGAUUCACAAAGACAAAACACCUUCUCUGUCAGCUUCACAGACCUGAAUGAGUCUCUUAAUGAACUGGAGGACCACGACCUGGAUGCCCUGGUGGCUGACCUGGGAUCAAACGUAGCCCCGCAAGAUCUUCCCAAAGAAAACCAAACGGCACCACCUGCCACAACUCAGCCUGCAGUGGCUGCUUCACCAAAUACUGCUGCGAUAUCAGCAGUGCCACAUAGGCGUGAACCUCAAACAAAGGCAGAGAAAAUUAAAUUGGCUCUGGAAAAGCUGAAAGAAGCUAAAGUGAGGAAGUUGAUAGUGAAGGUGAUGAUGGGUGACGGCAGCUCCAAGACUCUCAUGGUGGACGAGAGAGAAACGGUGCGAGAGGUUCUGGACAAACUGUUUGAAAAGACACACUGUGACCGCAACAUCGACUGGAGUCUGUGUGAGGCCAAUCCCGAGCUGCAGAUAGACAGAUGCUUCGAGGACCACGAGAGUUUAGUGGAGCUGCUGUCUGCGUGGACUCGCCACAGCCAAAACCAGAUUUAUUUCGUGUCGAGGCCUCAGAAGUACGUGAUGUUCACAGAGCCACAGUUAUUUUACAUGUGGGAGGAGAAGAGGACAGUUGUGAGUGAAUAUAAUGAGCAAGCCAAACAACUCCUGCUCAAGGAGCAUUUUGAGGGUUCUACUGUGUUAGUUCCUGAUCUUGAGGGAACGAUGUUCUUGAAGGAAGACGGGAAGAAGGUUUGGAAACCUCGAUACUUCACACUCAGGGCCUCUGGUAUUUACUAUGUACCAAAGGGAAAAACUAAGUCUUCCAGUGAUCUGGCCUGUUUUGUUCGUUUUGAUAAAGUCAGCGUCUACGCCACAAACAACUACAAACAGAUAUACAGAGCUCCCACCAACUUCUGCUUCCUGCUUAAGCAUCCCUGUAUCCAGAAAGAGUCUCCUUACAUCAAGUUCCUGUGUUGUGACAGUGAACGCACACUGUUGCUGUGGGUCAACUCCAUCCGAAUAGCCAAGUAUGGGACGGAUCUGUACAAGAACUACAGAGCCGCAGAGAAGAAAGCGUCCACUCAGCAAAAUGUCCACUUUGCAGGACACACAGACACACCUAAAAGCCACAGAACUGGGAUCAGUUUACAACCAGCAGCAUCAUCAUCCACAGACACAGAUGUUAUAAACUAUCCUACAGAGUCACCGCCUACCUUCAUUCCUCCUCCUCCUCCUCCUCCUCCUCCUGGCUACAAACCGAUAUAAAGCACAUCCUCACCUUUUUCUGUCUCUGUUUUAAAACUUCAGAUGUCUUAAGAUUUAAUCCCCACUGCUCAUUAUUCUGGAUAAAACCAAUAAUGAGCAAUCUGAAAUGGACAAAGAUGUAAUCGUACACAAGUGUUACCAUGCCUGAUACAAAAACUAACAACAUUUUUGGUUAUUUAAUUAUAUUUAUUUGUGCUUUGUAUGUUCGGAUGUUUAUUUCCAAGCACAUUAAGAAAAAAAAAGUCAGUUCUGUUUGUUGUUUCAGCUGUUUAUUACAAAAAGACUGUACAUAAAUUUAAAUGAACACAUCCUAUGUACAAAUUGAGAAGACAAAGAUUGAAUUCUGUUCACAUGAACAUUGAAGUUACUGAGCUUGUUGUUUUUUUGUUUUGUUUUUGCCCACUUUUGCUCAUAAGAAAACACACAUCAAAUAAAGGCGCCUUGACCUGUGAUGCCCUGAAAUGCAAGACGUUACAUGGUAAACAUUACAAAGUUCUGCACAUCAGUGGUUGUCUCGUUCCUCUAUGAAAGAAGUAUAAAUAAACCCUUGUACAUACAAACUGCCAACAGACCUUCCUCAGCAGUCUCAGACGUAAGAACGAGUCGAAUGCAACGCUAGAAAUACAUUUAAGUAGAAAAAGUUUUCUCACCAAAACAAAACAAUGACCUCAUAUGAUGGAAAAAAUACAAUCAACGAUGGGAUGUAGUGGCAAACCAUUCACUGUCAUGACACGUGUGAACACUUUGAUGCACGGUUGGCUCAAUGAAUACUGUGGAGUUGGCCGUCUUUUCUAAUCUGUGUAGAACCCUGGAAAUGUUUCCUGUACGUCCAUUUCAGAAUAAAAGUUCAUGUCUUGGACUCACGCACAAA